ACACAUUUGAUCUCUACAGAAUUUAACAGAAGCCAUAUUACUUUUGGUUGUAUCAUGAAUCGGGUGUUCAUUUUUCUUUGCCUACUGCAAUUCUCAACUGCUCUUUCGCCUUUUAUUAAUCGACCAGGUGGACCAGGUAGACCAGGUAGACCAGGUGGACUAGGUAGACCAGGUAGACAAGGUGGACCAGGUGGACUAGGUAGACCAGGUGGACCAGGUAGACCAGGUGGACUAGGUAGACCAGGUGGACUAGGUAGACCAGGUGGACUAGGUAGACCAGGUGGACCAGGUAGACCAGGUAGAGACCUUGGAACUGAAGAUAUCAUUGCUCUUGUCCUGGACACAAUUGAUAAAGCUACGCAAGGUAUAACAACUUCAGAACUUCUGAAUGUAACUCAACAGGUCAUCGAGGUGUAUGAUAGUCAGGUUGAGAAAGUUGUUCCUGAGGAAGAUGUAACCAAGCUUAUCAAAGAGAUAUCAGAGAAUAUUGGAGUCACUUCAGCCAUUGCUGCAUUACUGCAAGAUAACCUUGGCUUUGAUGUACAACUCUUGAACGAUUCUCUGGCAAUAUGGAAAGCUUUGUCGCUAGAGUGGAAAAAGCUGAAAGCAUCUGGAGACUCAGUAGACAUUACAUAUGCAGCUAUUAGAAAGAUUGCAGUUACUAUUCAAGAUAUUAUUGGAGAUAUAAUUGACGUUGUCAAAUUCACAGAAACCUCACAAAACCCAAGUGGAAAGAAUACAACUGAAGAUCUUUUGUUGGUUUCUGGUGUGAAGGAUGAAGCUCAAGAGACGGAAAGUGUUGCAAGAUCUGAAAGAGGAAAACGUCGACUUUGCCUAAUAUGCAUAGAAUGGAGAGGAAGAAUUUGUAUAUUAUGUAGACUUUGGGGUUAAAAUAAAAUGGAUCUCAAUCCAAGAGAAAAAAAUAAACAAAUAAUGCAGUAA